ACUCCGUCCACUCACCAGUCGCGACUCACCAGUCGGUCGAACAUCAUUACGUUUGUUCGGUUUCGUGUCAUUCUUUUUUUCCCUUCGACUUUACCUAUUGGCCAUUACGUGUAUAUAUAUAGAUGUUAAAUAAUAGUAAAUAAUAAUAAUAAUAUAUUUUAUGUACCCGCCGUAAUAUUUAGUGCGAUCGGAAUUUUCUGUCGGAAUAUAAAGUCGAACGCGCCUAUCGAAUUCUACCCCUUUACAGAAAAAAAAAAAAAAAACCCACCGAGACAGUUCACCGUUGUUUGUCCCAGUUCGCUCGGUAAGUACAUCGUUCGUUAUUCGGUACGCUUUUCACAUUGGUUCUAUUAUUGGUACAUACCACAUGGCUAUUAUAAUCUUGGUAUGGAUUAAUACUUGGAAAAGUUAUUAACGGCGGUCGAAGGACUAAAAAAAAAAAAAAACGAUAAUACACUUGGACGUAAAAAUAAAAAACAAACCGCGGUGGCAUUGGAAUACGUUUUAAUAAUAUAAUCACUUGUUUAAUUUCCUGCAUGCAGCUACAAAAGAAUAUUAUCUCGUAAACACGUGUUCGCGUGUUUAAUGUAUUUCAUGUUUAAAUUUGUAUUUUUGUUUUGUUUUUUGUUUUUUGUUUUUUUUUUUGCACAGCCGAGUACCUAUACAUUUAGUGGAUUAAUACCUAACCGUUGGUCAACACAAUAUUAUAAUACCUAUACCUGAUUCAUUAUUGUCAAAUCAAUAACGGUUAUAAUAAUUAGUAUUAAUUAUUGUGCAGGCAGUCGCAAUUCGAUUUUAUACACAAUUUUUAAUAUGUUAGCACAUUAUUUGUAAUGCACCACAUUUAAUAUUACAACCUAUGUACCUACCUAUAUUACGUUAAAAAAAAAAAAAAAAUUUCCUACACAUGUAACAUAAUUUGCAUUAUGAUUAUAUUAUUAUUCGGUUUGAUUUGAUUUUACUGCAAAACAUAAUGGAUUCUGUAAAAAUACAAUUUAGUUUUAGAUUCAAAAUGUAUUUUCACUCUAUUUAAUUAUAAUUAAGAUGUUUGUAUAAAUAACCUACUUUUAUUUAAUUCAAAUAAGAAAUGUUCUCUAAUAAAAUUAUUUAUUAUUUUAUUACACGUAUUUUGUACAUGUCUAUAGUACCUAAUAAAUCUACAGAUUCUUUGGAUUAUUCAGUGAACAUUAAUUUUCUAUAUUUUGUGGCAGUGGUUGUUAUCGUUUGUUUAAAUCAUAUUUGUUGUAUCAAGUAUGUAUACCUAUUUUGUAUAAGAGAACAUCGGAAAACGUUUUUAAAUUAUUGAAUGCACCUGCCUGGCCACUUGGUUACUUAUUAAGCAGUGGCGGUCAAAUGGUUGUCAUGGAGAGGGUGAUAUUUUUUUUAAGUACAUUUUUUUUAACAUUUAUUAUUAAUCGAUAAUUAACAUUAAGUUUUUGUAUAAAUAUGUAGGAAUACCUACAAAUAUUGAAGGAGAAAAUGUCAUGGGUGUAUAAACCCCCUAAUCUUCCCCCCAUUUGACCCUCUGUGCUAUAGGUAAAUUAAAAUAUAAGCAAUUUAAGGUUUCUUUAUGUUCUUUAAUAAUGAAAAUUUAUAUUAUUUUGUGCGCUCACCAUAAAUAAAUUCAGGGAUAAAUUAUUAUAUUAGUAGGGAAUUUUUAAUAUUAAAUGACAAAUGUUUAUUACUAUAAGAAUAGCUUUAACUCUCACAAUUUGUGUUAAGGUACUUAUAUAAUUUUUGGUUAAAAAUUCAAGUUUAACAGUUAGGUAAUCAAUUUUAACAUUUUUAGUUGAGAUAGGUAGGUAGUAAAUUAAUUAUAUACCUAUGUAGGUAUCUACCAUUAUAUUAUUAUAUACAAUCACUAGUUAUAUAGUUUUAUAGGUACCUAGGUACCAUGUCCUUGAUAGAUAUUGCUUCAGGUAAUUUAUAGUACCUAUUUCAAUAUAAAACCUGCUCUGACAGCUGAUUUUUUUUUGUUUGUAAAAUUAAUUAAUAAGAAGAAAAGCUGUUGUCACAUACCUCAAAUACGUUAUUAUUUUAAUUAGAUCUAUAUUCAUAGCUAGGUAGAUGUAUCUCUUUUUCACAAUUUUUCUUUUAAAUGCUUAAAAUUUAAGGUUGUCCAACUGUGGACAUAAAUGAAGAAUAAUUUUCCAAACAAAUUGGAUCGACGUUUCUAUUGUAUUAUAUUUAAUCGUUUUUGUCUAACUUUUAUUAAGACAAGUUAUUUUUUUACCUACCGUAUUAUAUUAUCAUUCUUUAUAUCUAAGCUAGUACUGAAGUACAAAUAGUUAAAUAUUUAGGUGCCAACAAAUUUUAAUAUAUAGUUUUACCUAAUAUAUAUAUAUAUAUAUAUAUAUAAUAAUAAUGAAAUGCCUAUGCAAAGAUAGUCUUAAAUAUUAUAAACUAAAAUUAUUUUAUCUUGAUAUUCUAUAUUAAAAGUAAUAGUUAUAUCUAGCUAAUACAUUAGAUAGGUUAUCAAUAAUACUUUAUCUACUUUUUAUCUUAUAAUUUGUAUUAACAUCUUUUAAUGAUCAUUUUAUUUUUGUGUAUUUGAUUACGUAUAAAUGUCUACUAUAUACGAUCAAACCUACAUAAUAUUAAUUUUGUUUUUAUGGAAUAUUUUAUAUUAAACCACGGAACUGAGAGUUUUUAAUACCUAUAUUAGCAACAAAACACUGCUUUAUUUGAAGAUGUAUUUGUAAUUAAUAUAAUUAUUUAUUUUAAAUAAUUAUUCUUUGUUAAACUUGAUGUUUUAUUUUUUAAGUAGUAAGAGUAUUCUAUUAGAGUUACAUGUUUCAAUGCUCUUGGUUUGACAAUACAGGUACAAUACCCACAAUAUAAUGAACAAAGCACACCUAUAUUAUUUGUAUGAUUUAUUGUUAAGUUAAAAAAUAAAAAUCAAUUUUUUUUUAAGAUUUUCUGGUUAGGGUUUUUAUUAUAGUUUUUAAAGACAAGAUGUUUUUAAUUUAUCGGUAUAAUUAAACAGAUGUGUUUAUACCUAUAUGAAAAUAGAUGUUAAUAUCCUUACUAAUAUUACUAGUAUUUUAUUUUUCAAAUUCAUUGUACAUAUACAAUCAUUUUCUUGCAGAUAAAGUUUGUUAUCAAAAUUGAAUUAAAUUCAAAAGGAUAUAAUUGUUUCAAAUGAUUUACCCUUCUAUUCUGAGUUUCUAGAAGUUACUUAUUAAAUAUUAAUGUGAAUGGAUUUUCAUUUUUAGCAAUAAUAUUUUCUUAUAUAAUUGUAUACUAAAUGAUAGGUAUCUAAUUAUUUUACCUUACUUACCUAUUUGUAUUUCAAAUUAAUAUUUUUGUUAAUUGCCCUUGGUAUCUAAAACUACUUUAAUCUGGUUGGGAAAAAUAAUGUAAAACUAGUCAUUACAAAAUAUAAUGGGUACCUAUCUAAACAAUGUGUACACAAAUAUUUAAAAAAAAUUAUCUACUCUUUAAUAAUAAUAUAUUAAUCUGCUAAUCACUAAAAUGUAUUAACUUGUACUUAUUUGUAUGGUAUUUAAAUGUAAUUCACUCGGUUAUUCACUUACAUGGUAAGUAAUAAUUUUUUUUUUCUAUUAUUAUAAUAGUCUAUUUUUUUUUCUCAAUUGACAAUUGAUCAAAUGAUUAUUCAAUGUACAAUAGCAUCUUUAGCACAUUAAUAUAUUAUGACAAUACAAUAUACAGGGCAAUAAACUAUACUUUAUUAAUGUAUUUUACAAAUCACAGUAUAAUAAGCACUACCUAUGUAUAGUAAAAAUUCAGAAAUAAUUUGACUAUGUGUAAUAAAACUAAAUCAUUCUUCUUCUCCUUUGUCUUCAUCCGAACUAUUGUAGGUUGGUCACCUUUGUCCUUAACUUCCACUUGACCCAAUCCCACACAUUGUCCCUUUAUUCAUCAACAUCCUCAUAUCAUUUUCAAUCGCAUUCAAACACUUCUUUUUCGGUUUUUUCUUCUCUCUAUUUUCUCGUAUGUGUAUUUUCAUUAUAAUUCUUAUUGAUUCUGAUACCUCUCACUUUGUGAUAUGCUCAAAUCACCCUAGUCUAUUUUCUCUCGUUUUUCCACAAUCGAAGCCACGCCUAAGUGUAUCUUAUAUGUACUCAUUUCUUAUUCUGUCCUCUCUUGUUACUUCGCUCAUCCACCUAAGCAUUCUCAUCUCUUCUACACUGUUUCUCUAUUAUAUUUUUCUUUCUGCCGCCCAACGCUUCAAACCAUGCAUCAUAGCUAGUCCAACUACACUCUUGUUGAACUUACCAUUAGCCUUAUUGGAAUGUUCUUGUCACUUUUGUCACAUAAUAAUGUAAUGUAGGUAAAUGUAAUAAAACUGAAUCAUUGAAAUUCUAUUAAGUAUUGGCAAAUUAAAAUGACUUGGUCAAAAAAAUAUUUGUAUUCAGUUUUUCGUAUUGUAAUAUUUAUAGUUUAUUAUUUUCAGAGGACGGAAGUAUGUAUAAUAUAAUAUUAUUCGUUACACGUGUUGCUUUUUAUAAUAAUAAUUCUACAGCUACCGGUUUUGUAUUUAAUUUUUUAUAUUCAUAACUUGUGCCUACAUAUGUCAUAGUGCCUAUUAUUAAUUUAUCAUAAUUCAAAUUGUACAUACACGUACAGUGUAUUGUAGUAGGGAAAAGGAUUUUCGAAAGCGUUUGUUAGCGUGAAGAAUUUUUUAACUAAAACUAAAAAAAAAAAAAAAUAUAUAUAUAAAAUGUCGCAAACACAAUCGGUAGACAAAAAAGUGUCGCGUUUUUGGCAAAUAAAAUAGAAAAUACGUUCGGGGCGGUUGCAUUUUGUUUAAUAACUGAAAUUCCGUUUUGUUCAGGUAGGACGUAGGUAGACGCGUUAAGAAAGUAUUCGCGAUGUUUAAAAAUAAUAAUAAUACUCUUUGCCAUAAUCUAAAUUAAGAUUGUUUUGAAAUUUCGCAUCCUAUAAUAAAAAUAGAAAUUUGCAUCAUAAUACAGUCGGUGUGUGCCGUGUUCUACUAUACUUGUAUAGAUACACACGACGUCACAAUAAUAUUAUUCAAAUGUCACUUUUCCGUAAAAUAUCCGCGAUUCGAGAUACAUUUUGAAAGUUACUUCGUCUACGUUAGUCAUUUUUCAGUUGUUAUUUUUUUGGUUACCUACACUUAUUGGAUAAGCCGAUUUCAUAUUACAUUGCAAGUGUAUUACCUACCUAUAUUAUUAUAACGUAUUAUCGUUCGGUAUUUCGGUAUUCUUCAUUCUGUUCCGAGUAAUCGUGUGACUAAACGGUAGGUUAAAACGUCAUCAUAAUAUUUUAACCGUUUAAAAAAAAAAAAAAAAAAAACGGUUUUCGACAUGGGUUGAAAUACGUACCUCGAAGUGAUUAUGUGUAUUACAUAAUAGAUAUCCGUGAGGUUUUUUGUUGUUGUUACAUCGCAGAAGAAAGUAAUUCGAUCAAAAUUUGAUGUUUACCUACCGAUAGUUAUGUUACUUUUUUGUUUCUUGCAGAUUUUCUUAUUGAAGAUAAUUUUUUUCCGAUAAAUUAUUUGCUAUUUUUGACCUUUUAAGACCGUCAACUCGGUGUAAUAAUUUUUAGCCAUGUACAUUUUUAUCAUUGGUACCUAUGUUAAUUAUUAAUUUUUUUUUUAUUUCGAUUAACGGAUUGUUAAAUAUUAUGUUUUUAUCCCGGAAAGCCAUUCCGUACGGUUGUAUUUUUUCUCGUAUAUAAAAUUAUAUAUACGCACAAACCUUAAACGAAAUAUAUACAUUAAAAAGCAAAGUUAAAUACUUGUUCACAAUUUUGUUUUAAUUAUGUUACUAAAACUAUGAUGUUUGAUUAAAAUUCUUUAAAGUCGAUCGUUAUUAUACUCGUAUCAAAGAAAUUGUUCCGUUGAAUUAACGUAAUACGGUACGUUAGGUAUUCGUAUAAUAAUUUAAUCUUGACAUUUUUGUUUGCGAUUUUAGUUAAUUAUAAUUAAUAAAUUAUAAACGUGUGUGUAUAAAUGACGUCGCCUUUAUUCAUUAAUGAUUAUCGUAAUAAUCGUAUAACUGGUAUACCAAUAAAAAAAAAAAAUACAUAUUAUAUAUUAUUGCAUAUUAUAAUGUGUAGUGUUAUAACAUUAUUGACGAGAUUAUAAUAUUAUAAUUAUUAUCGGAUAAACCCGUACCUGCGAUAUUUUACUCGGUGAUGUUUCGAAAACUUUAAUAUUAACCCUAGUAGGUAAAUAUGAAAAAAAUCUGAAUAAAUACAAUAAUAAUGCUCCGAGCGUGUGUUAAUUGCGUGCCGUAUUUAUUAUAUUAUAAACAAUUGGUAUCUGGUCAUUUUGGCUAAUCGUUUUCGGCGAAACAAUUUAUUUAACUAGAGUAAAAAUAAUACAAAAAAAGAUUCGAUACUGCAGGCAGGGCCGGGUUUAGAUUUGUAGGCCUUUAAUGGGCUUAAUCUGUGGUGUGGACCCUACCAGAAGGGUUUUUUAGGAAAUAUGAAGGGCAUAUGCACAAAUAGAGGGAGCUAGACUCCUCUAAAAUAUACAUUUUGUAUAUUUCUCAAAAUUUAAGGGACUAAGCCCUCCCCCAAUUUUUUUUUUUAUGGUUAUCUCUUACUAUAUAAAUCGUAAAAGAGUGUUCAGAAUGGACCUUCAGCCCUCAUCCCAAUUUUAAACACUGCGUCUAUGAGGAAGGUCUUAUAACUAAUAUAUUCUCCUUAAAAAAGGAUUUAAGCCACCUCUAAAACACAUCCCCGUACUGACGCGGCGUAUGGGAAAUUCCCAUUAAUAUAUGUGUAUAGUAUAUUUGUGUUUUGAAAUCAAUUUUAGAAAAUUGAAAAAAAAUUUCCAGCAUAAUAAUAUUAUUUAAUUAUUAAGCAGAGCAUUUUUUUGUUUUUAAUGGUUGUGUGGUGAGGGCCCUGUUGUGGUGUGGGCCCAUAGGCUGCAGCCUAAUAUAGCCUAUGCUUAAAUCCGACCCUAACUGCAGGGGACGGGUAUUCCACGCUAUUAUUGUUAGGAAACCGGAAAGAUAUGAUAUAUAAAGUUAUUUCAUUUUUGUUUGUGCGCAACAAAAAACAAUUCGGAGCGAAGUUCACUAAGACAUGUUUCGAAAUGUGUUUUCUGAUUAAAUGGUGGAUAAAUUAACAAAUAAGUAUAGAUAAAAUUAUCUUAUAAAUUAUAGGACGUGUAUUUUAGUGAUUAACCUGGUUAUAUUCAUUAUCAGUUAUGGUUAUAUAAUUUUGGUUUAUAGAUUCGCGAAAAUGACAUGUUUAUAGUUAUUAAAAAUAAUAUUAAUUGAUAUUAAAAAAAAUUCUGUCUAGAUAUCUAAUCAUUACUUUAUCAAUAACCAAACAUCAUAACUGUUAAUCUCAUUUGGUUAUGAUAUUUCAGUAACCUAUAAUCAAAAGUUAUAACCAAAAUUACCAAAACAAUUUGUUUAUAGAAUACAGUAACCGGGUUACAAUUGGUUAUUCGCCAAAAAAACGUCUAAUGUUUCUAUGAACAUUAUUACAAUAUCGUUUGACCGAACCCAUAUUAUUAUUAAGUUUUGGAUUUAUAGUAUUUUUUGUGGAGACUAUAAAACGUAAAAGACGAAAAAUUGGACACAAUAUAAUUACAGAUAAUGUUGUCUGAUUUUGGUUCGUUCAAUAACAUUUAGACGUUUAGUUGAACUGUAUAAAAACCUAUGCGUAUAUAAUAGUCAAAAUCAAAUUUAACAAUUUUAAAUUUACAUAUUUAUCAACAUUUACAUAGUUUAAUUUAUGAUAAACACGCCAAAAAUUAGGUUGAAACCGAAAUUAGGGAACGGAGGAUAUUGCUGCAUAAUAUACAAUUUAGGAAAUUUACUCCAAAUAAAUUUGUUUCGCCAAGAUGUCCUAGGUCCUAAAUAAUGCGUACAAUAAAUUCGAUUAUCCUUCUCCUUCGCCCCCAUUUCAACUGUUUAGGAUCGGCCACCCUCGGUCUAAACUUCCACUUGACCCGAUCUCCCACCUCGGUGAUCUCACACACACCAGCUGUCCUCGUAUCAUUGUCGUUCACAUCCGAUCAUUUAUUUUUAAGUUUUUCAGUAUACCUGUUCCCUCUUACGUAUAUUUUCAUUACAAUUCUUACGUUUUCAAAUUUCUUCUCUUCCGUGACAUGCCCAAACCAUCUCGGUCUAUUUGUUCCCAUUGUUCGAAGCCGCGCCUGAGAAAACCUCUUAUGUAUUCAUCCCACGUAAAAUAAACUCAAUUAAAAAUAAUUAAUUAUUUAAUAUUUGUUUAAGUUGAUUUAAAGUUCGAAUAAUAUAUUUUGAAGUACAGAGUAAUAACAUUUCAUUUUAAAUUCUGGCCUCUGUGUUAUUAUUAUUAACACUAACAAGAAUACUGACUUCCAUUAAAUGAAGGAAAAAGCCAUUAAUGGUAUUAUAAUUCAAUUAAAAACUGACUCGAUAAUAAUUCCUUGGGACUAUACAUUUUUCUAAAAAUCGUUUUGUUCAGUUUGCAAGUGGUGUAACAGCCGUAAUUUCGAUUUUGAUCAAUUUAAAAUGUAUUUGUUUAACUCUAAUGCGAAUUUACUAAACUAUGUUCUUGCCCUACGAUUGGUUAAGUACUUUCUGUGAAAAAUGUAGGUGUUUGCAUGGAUGGAAUUUUAAAAAUGGAAUGUACAUACAUAAUAUCUCAACUAACGAAAACAGUUUUCUAAAAAUACAUUAAAUUACAAUCUUAAAAUUAUACUGUACAUCGUUGGUUCAAUCGCUAAAUGGCUAACUUCUUAUUUAUUAUCUUUUAAGUUCGUUCAUGCUUAUCAUUCAUACAUUAUACAUUUGUAAACUUUAAAAUAAUUUAAAUUCUUUAUUACAAUUUUUAUUUUAUAAGUCUACACUGCAAUCGUCAAUUUUACUACAUAACGAAUAUUCAUUUUCUAAUCUUAAAUUGAACUAUGUUAUUAUAAAUCUAUAUACAAUUUCAUAUAAAUACUAGUAUGCCCGUGGUCAUACAUUGAGUACAUGACGGGUUAUAACGGGUUUUAUAGUUGCUAUGGUAUAUCAACAAACGGACGGAUUAAAUGUAUAUAUGUAUAAUGAUACAUUAGGUAUAUAAAAUAAAACUAUAAAAGUACAACAAAUUACUUUGCUUCUUCAUAUUUAUGAUACAUGUCUUUAAGGAAUAAAAAAUGUCUAUGCUAUUUAUUUACCUUAAGCUAGAACAGAUUAUACCCAAGCUGAACCAUAUUAUGUAUUUGUUUGAUUUUGUAUAGUGUAUAAAUAUGUAUUAAGAUUAAUGUACACAACAUUUACUUAUUUAAAUAUUUAACAACGGGUGUUUUACCCGUUGUUACUUUUUUUUGGCGAUUAAAUUACUAAAUAAGUGUUUGUUAUAUUUUAUCCUAUAUAGAACCUUAAGCGAUUCUGAAAAUACUCUUGUUAUUUAGACUGACAUUACUAUUGUCCGAUAAUAUAAUUUAUAUCUAUUGUAUCGUAUUAUAUAAUACAAGUACCUACUUAAUAGUUUGUUAUAUGUAUAUAAAAAUCAUAUUGCCAUGAAAAAAACUUAAAAUUCAAAUUUUGGAUCCAAAAAUGGAGUCUUCGCACAAAGUUCGAUAUACCUAUAGUAAUUAUUUAUGUAGACAUAAAUAAUAAACAUUUCAUAAUAAAUGGGAAAAACUGGGAUAAUGGAUACAAUAUUAAACAGAUAUAAAAGAAAAUAUAUAAUACAUAUUAUGAUAUUAUUUUACCAUAAUAUGACAUAUAUAUUGUUGAAAAAGCAACACUAUUAACCGGACUUCGCUCAGAAUCGUUUUUCAUUAGCAAUGGUUAAUCGUUGCGUAAUAAGUGUACCUACAUUAAAUUUCCCCUGUACUUUCCUUACUUCUCAUCUAUAACGGUGGCCCGCCGUGCCAAAGUAUGAUGUCCGUAUCUUUUUUUUCAUAACGAAAAACAAUUUUUGAAUUGUUUGUUAUUUUACUUUAUUUAAAUAUAUGUAACAAUUUUGGCAACGUCGCUUCCAAUAGCGCACGCCUAUCGUUUGCUUUUGUAAGGUCAAAAUUAUGUUCUUUGUUAUGCGCAAUCGUAUACCCAAAAAGGUAAACCACGCGUAACCAUAAUGCACCCGUUUUAAUUUAAGUUGUUGCAUUGCAUUAACGUAUAGAAUAUAUAGAAAAUAUUUUGAAUAUUAAUUUGGUGCAAAGUAUAACCAUGGUUUAAAGAAUUUGACAAUUAAGGGCUGAUUUUAUUAAAAACACAGAUCGCUAUUAAAGUAAUCAGGGUUAAAAGUUAGGUUAUCAUGAAUUAACAACAUUUUGAUUUCUCCACACUAAUUACGGUUUCGUUAAAAACGAUUACGGUAACCACGAUUAUUCGCUAUUAAUGUCAUUAUAAAGACAGCUGUGGCGUAUGAUAAGGUGAUAACAAACUAAUAUUUUAAUAUUUAAUGUUCGCGUGUAAGUUUCAUGUUUUUGUGGUUGUUAUUAUUUGUCAUUAUUUGUAUUAUUGAAAAAUGGAAAAAAUGUUAAAAAGGAAGCAAGAACGCAUUUUUGAGUUCUCCGAGAAAUAAAUUGUAUUGAAUAUUUUUACUGAGUACUUCAGUGUUAUUGACGGAGUGAGCAUAAAAUCAAAGUAUGCUGAGUGGAUGAAAAUUACUAAGACGUAUGAAGUAGCAUAGUCCAUAUAUUCAUGAGAUUGUCACAGCUUGAAAACGCUGUUGAAAAACUUAAAAAAGAAGGUAAAGUUGGAUAUCGUCUUCAAAACACAUUUGAAGAACAUGUUUAUGAGCUCGUUGCAUUUGUAUUAUUAAUUAGGGCGAAAUACUCGAAUAAACUACAAAAUCGACAACAAAUUAAAAAAAUAUAUUUUGUUAAUAAUUGAUAAUGCUAACCGUGAUUAACAACGCUAGUCGACCAGAUUCUGGCGGUUAGUUUUAAAUCGUGAUUACGCAGCUGUUACGAUUAACCGGAUUCGCUGAAAUCCAAAAAUGUCGGUUUGUUCCGGUUAGCUGCGUGAAUCGUGAUUAAGGUCUGUUAACUGUGAUUAAUAUAGUUUGUGAAAUCCAGGGGCGAUCCUAGGGUUUAUUUUUAAGGGGGUUUGGAGUGAAUUUUGCCGACUUCCAAGAACAAAAUUUGACGACUGUAUACACUGAUGACUGGUACCAUAAUAUCUGCAUAUUACACGAUUGUCGAUUUACAACAGUCGAUAGUUCAAGGAAAAACUUAUUAAUACAAAUAUUAAAAUUUUCGGUAUUAUAGGUAUUGUGAAUAGUUAUGAUAUACCGACUGGAACUUACAGUUUCCGACUUUAGGGGGGGGGUGUUCUUCUCAGAUGGAGAACUGACAUAGAUAAUAUAAAUAUGUAUAUGACCGAAGACCAUAAUAAUAUAUACCAUGGUUGUUUUGAGUCUGCUCGAAGAGUAUAUUUGUUACUAAAGUGGUUAUAUACACAUGGUAGUCAAAACAUAAAUUUAAAAUUUGCUGUUUUGUUACUUCCAUUAUGUUAAAACAUAUCACUUUUAGCUCGAAAAUAGAGAUUAGGAUGAAAAAAAAAAAUAAUAUAAUCCAUUUUGACCAUUUAUAAGCUUAACUCUUUUUUCACGAGUGCCUGCUAAUAAUUUCCUACUUAACAUUUUGAGAACCAUUAAUUUUAAUUCCGGGUUAUUACUAUACUCUAUUUCAUGUUCCGGAAUAUUAUUCUUCGGAAAUUUACAUUUCGGCGUUUUACUUUCUGGAUUUUUAUAACCGUAAUUUCAAUUUACACUUAUAUUCCCUGUAUACGUAUAAUAUUAUCUAGUCAAUAUAAAUUGUAUGAAUAAUAAUUAUUCAUACAUAUAUACAUUGCCAUUAAGAACUCAAAAACUAAUUGUUAUAAGUGAUUUAAGUUAUUAAUAAUUAAAUAAAUCUAUAAACUGUAUAAUAUUAUAAUAUUUGUGAGGUAGUUUAUAAAAUGUAUGGAAUCGUCUAUCGUAAUUUAUAGUGUUUAAUUUUUUUAAUAUUUUCAUCAUAUUAAAUAUAGUAUGUUAAUUUUCUCUACAAUAAUAAUACAAUGCUAUUAAUUCAUAUUUAAAUGUCUAUAUAAUAUGCCCGAUAAUUGGAUAAUAUUUAUGAUGAUUACAAUAAUCAGCUAAAAACAUACAAUUGAAAUUUGAUAUCAAAUGCUCGAAAUUAUAUUUAUAAUAUUUCCAUGAACCCUACAAAUACCCAAUUAAAUAAUGUUCAUGAAUAUAUUUUCUUCCCUACACAAUAGCUUUGAAAAAAUAUCUGUUGAAUAACAAAUACACGCAUAUAGUAUUAUAUUAUUUUACUGAAAAUAUUAUGGUAAAAAAGUCUGUUGCCGAAAUUGUUAUAUUUAAGAAUAACUUAAUGUAUAACGAAUUCAUUUCAAACGUGUCUUGUAUAUUAUUUGAACUUUUCGUUUGUAUAUAAUAUUAUACUAAAAAUAUAAUUUGUUAUAAUGGCACUAUAGCUGGUAGACACCAUUUUGUCAUGAAUAACAACUGUUUUAUUGUUAGGAAUAAUUAUUAUUUGUCUACUACUUGGUAAAUUGUUAUUUAAUUCAAAAUUAUUUACUUAAUGAUGAUUGCCUACAUUAAGAGGUAAUGGCCAUUAGCGAAUAUUAUGCAUCGUUUCCCAAUGGUGUAAUUUUUCGGUUGGCGUCCGGGUAUAAAGUGUGGGGGACGCAGUCCCCCUCUCUCUGACUGCACCUAAAAAACACGAAUUAUGAGGACGUUAUCCCGUAUAUUAUUAUGAUGUCUCCGUCUUUUAUCCGUGUUUUCGUUCAUCACGGACAACUUCGUGCUGUUAGUGUUAAUAUUAGAGUUAAUUGACUUAUUAUUAAACUUAAAGAUCAGAAAAUUAUCACUAUUGUGCGUCGUUUUUUUUUUGUUUUUUUUUAAUUGCAAUUUUUAAACGGGGUAGGUAUAAUCAUUUUUAAAUCAUAAUAUUUUACAUAUUUAGUGUUAUUAUUAUUAUUAUUAUUAUCAUCAUGUGGUAUUUAACAGGCAUUACAAAUUAAUACAAUUAUUAAAACAAAUUUAAUUGAAAUAGAAUAGGUAUAAAUAAAGUAAAAAAAAAAAAAAAUAUAUAAAAAAGUUAAGUAUAAUAAAAUUAGUCAAAAGUUAUGGUAACAUGGUAACUUGUGGUGGGAUGACGUCUUAUAGGAGAAUAUCAAGUGAUCUCAACCAGGUUAGAACUACAUUCGAAAUGCUGUGGAUGUCGUUAAUUGGUUUAUUGAAAGUUCGCAUCGGACAAUAAAGUGAUAAGUGUGACCAGACCUGACGUCCCGAUUUCAUAAUUUCAAUGUAAUAUUUUAUAUUAAUACAAUGAUAUCAAAACGCCUAAUAAUAUUAAUAUUAAAUUAUCUGCAUUUAUUGCAAGACUGCAUGUGUUGGUUAUCUGUUAUUAAUUAUCGUGUUCAUAUUUUUCAAGCGUAUAUGUCCAGAUAAUCAUAUUAUUAUUAAUAAAGUUAUAUAUUUAUUUUAAAAUCUCAAAUCUGGUUUUAUAUAAUUAUUAUUUUUGUUUUAUUUAAUUUUUUAAUUUUUCGGUUUUCCUUACCAGUAAUCUCACCAUUACUUUUCUCACGACCACGCCGUUUGCUCAGCCGAACUCUGUAAUUAUAGGCGUAUUAUUUACAGUGUUUGGAACUCUCUAUCAUUGUUAUUUGAAGCCCUCUCGAAAAUUAGGGGUCAUUAAAUUGUACGGGAAAAGAGUAUAAAUGAAUAAUAAAAAAAAAGAUCUCUCAAAGUUUUUGAAUAAAGCAUACCUGUGAUCAUGUCCCACUUUUACAAAAAAAAAAAAUAUCUGGUCACAUUACACACACUCAUAUUUCGUUUAAAAAAAAAAAAUUACACAGAUAUUGUUCUUAUUUUUAAUUUUGAUAAUAGGUCACUCUAACACUCCAACAUUAAAAUUAAUGGCAUAGAGUUAUCCCUGCUGAACGAAAAUUUGCCAUAUCACGGGGUUAUGCCAGGUCUGUUAUAAUCCUGUCCUAGAAAGAUACUAUCUUAAUUCGUGAUCUAUAGGUAACUAUAUUAUAAUUUUUAUAGUAUAUUUUAAUUUUGUUACAUUAGCUUCAUGCUAAUACGUAUAGAUGUUAAAAAAACCUAUUACGUGCAAUGAAGUCCUAACAUAUGGUUAUUUAUGUACACAUUGAUAUUAUUUAUUAUUUUAUGUUCAUGUGUUAGGAAAAAUAAUACGAAUGUCAUAUAUCAUAUAUGUUUCAUGUUAGUCCUAAUGAAAAUAUAAUUUAUAUUUUCUGUUAUAAUGAUAUUGUUGACAUUAAAGAACAUUAAAACUUGUUUUGGUUUGACAAUAUAGAUAACCUAGUCCCUAAAAUUAUUUGUUAUCCGGGACAACAAUGUAUGGAACGUUCAAAACUGGAUAAUCAAUACCCUUUGCCGUUUUGUACUACUUAAAACCCUGGUCGAAACGAAAAAACUAUUUCAGCUAUUUGAGUAGGUAGAUUUAUUUAAAAAUACAAAUACAAAUUUAAGUAGGUAUAGAAAUAAGAAACUGUAAUAAUUUUAUUCAGUUUGUAGAUGUAUUAUUGUUUUUUUUUAUGAAGCAAACAAUAAUAAUUCGGUUGUCAAGUUCCCAACACUCGAGUAUCAAAGUCACAAACAUCAUACAAUAUUAUUUUAAUGAAAGAAGUCCUUGUGAUCUUAAUUUUUUUUUUUCAACGAAUUAUGUAUCUACCUGUAAUUUUUUAACUUUGAGUACGUUUAAUUUUUUUGCAAUUUACGAGUUAGGUAAAUUAACCAUACAGAUUAAACAAAUACUAUGAUUCUAUGCUAUAUAAGGUGUAUAGGACUAUUUGAUAUUUUUACAUGUAACUACAUUGUAAAAAUAUCAAAUAGUCCUGUUACAUCCUGUAUAGCUGCGAGUAUGACGUCUUAUAUUAUAAAAUUUCCGUUUAGAAUAAUAAUUGUCUAGAGAACUCUAUAGAGAUCAUUAGAGUGCUAUUGUACCAUAAUAAUUCGACUCAAUUAGAUUACCUACUAGGUCUAAUUUUAAUCAUUUAUUCUUAGGCUUAUACAUUUUUCGUUUCAAUUGGUACCUAUAAUACCUUAUUUAAAUAUUAUCAAGUGUGGCUGUAUAACAAUGUUUUGUUACGUUAGAAACGGUUUUAUAUUUUGUAUCAUAAUAGUAUGAUGCGAGCAGUAACGUUGUUAUGAUUUUUUCUUGAGGUUGAAUAAACUUAAUGUGGGAACUUCUAACCAAGCGCAGAUUUAUGUUUUAGAUUCUCAGUGUAACGAAGAAGUUCUUAGUUGUAUUAAGCUGUGUUUCUCUAUAUUAUAAUGGAAAACACUUUCGGAUAGUAAAUUAUACUUUAAUACUAAAAGAUGCGAACUUUUCUCCAGAUGGUACCUAUUUUUUUCGAACUUCUCAAUACUUACUUUUUUCAUAAAUUGUACUUAUGUUAUUUUGGAUUUGGAACGUAGGAGUAAUGUAUUGGUUUGACUAUAAUGUUUAUUUUUUCUACCAGAAAUUUUGCUUUUAUGUAUCAAAUGUAGUACCUUUUCUGAAAGGAAAUCGUUGGUACUUUAAAAAUGUCAUUUUUUUUUUUUUUUUUUGGUUUUCCAUGCGGUUUUUAUAUAACAAUUGGGAAAAUAAACAGGAAAUGUACAUACAUGUAUAAAAGACACUUCACUUCUAAUCGUUUUUCAUUAGCAAUCGUUGCGUACAGAUAAAAAUUAAAUUCCCUUCUACAUUAUAUAAUUUAUCACCUACUACAAUGCCCCACCGUGAGAAGUAUGUCCGUAAUUUUAAAAAACACUUUUUUGAUGAACCAAAUACUCAAAUAUUUUCAUGCAGUAACUUAAAAGAUGUAAAAUUUUUACCUUGUGGUAUUUUACUUGGAACUCUUACAUUUUAAACAGUUCAUUUCCUUGGUUCUGUUUUUAGUUUUUUUUUUCCGGAUAAUACUUUUUCGGUUAGUAAAAAUAAUGCUCUAAAUUAUUCGCAUCGCAUCUUAAAGAUUAAAUGAUACGGACUUUUCUCUCGAUGGUACUGUAUUUUAAACAAUUUUUAGAUUUGCUAAAAUUUAAAAAUGUACAUCAAAUUAUAGGUUUUAUUUUUGUUUAUAUCUGGGUUUCCUUGACUCCAAUGAAAAAACCAUGACUUAUACCACUUCAUUCAGAAUCGACUUUGGAUUUCAAAUAGUUAUGCUAAAGUGCAUAAUAUUAAAAAAAGUCUGGGGAAUUUAUCCCCAUCAUCUCUCCCUCUGAUUACACUACUUAACGUAAGUGCUAUAUAGCAGUAUUAAUGUAAUUGUCUCUAACCUAUUUAAGUAACUUAUUUAAAAUAAUAUAUUAUCUCAAAAGUAUAUACAAUUGGUAUAUAGUAUAUAGUAUAGUUAGUAUAGUUACUACAAUAUUAAAUACGUAAUAAUAAUUGUUUUAAUUGUUUAAACUUGAUUAUACUAGUUAAAAUUAUUAAACUUAAUACCGUUAUUUUAGUUUCGGUGCGUAGCGAUUUUUUUUUUUUUUAUGAAUAAUAUUAAAAUAUCGUUAAAAAGUACUGCAACCACAGAUUUAAUUUUUCUAUCAUACAGGGCAUUCUAUAGUAUUAUCCGAAUGCUAAUAACUCUGUAAAUAUUUAUUUUUUUUUUUUCAAUCGUGUUUUGAGUCAGGGGGAUACAAAUGUGGAGAAAAAUUAAAUUUUUAUUUUCAUUCCUUAAUCACCGAAAGAAAAUAAUUUUUUAUUUUCUUACUAUUUAAAAUGUUCAAAAUAACCAAUUUGUAAAAUAUAUUAUUCUAAACAUUUCGAUGCAUUAUAAAUUCAUAUAAAAUCAAUAGUUUUUAGUAAUAGCCGUUUUAAUAUUUAGAGAAAUGUGUGAAAAACGAGACCACCACGUUACGCGUAGCGAAUCAUAAUCUUAAUACAAAAUAAGAAAUGUUGAUCGGAUUUGUAUUAUCGACAGAGUUACUAGCAUUCGGAUAACACUGUAGGACACCUUGUAUAAUAUCUAUGACUGCAACACCGAUUAUUGAACUUUGGACGCUAUAUAAAAUUAUUUUUAUUCUGGCUAGGAUAUAUAUGUAAAAAAAAAUUGUAUAACAUGCAUUUUAUUUACCAAAAUAUGUACGCACCUAUCUACAUGGCGAUACAAGUAGUACUAAUGAAAAACAACCCAUGCAAUCAAUGUUCGAUAUUGUUAUCGCUUGUUGGUACUUUUGUACGUCUCACAAUAUACGUCAUUAAAUAAUGUGUAGUUCCAAGAUAAGGCUAAUAUUAGCUAAUAUUUACGACAAUUCGACAAAUAAAAAAUUUAUUUAUUAUUGACGUUCAUUAAAUAAAUAUCAUUUAAAAUUCAUAAAAUUCUCAAAAAUCAAAUUAUGCAAUUAUAUGCAUUGUUUAAAACAUGCAAAACAAAUAUUGUUUUAUUUAAUUUAGAAUAAACCAAAUUGUGGACAUAUGUGACAAAUAAUUAAUUUGGACUAAAGGAAAAAACCAUACAAAUACCUACAUAAAAAUCCAAGUUCUAAUUAUUAUUAUGUUGUAGGUGGCAUGGCACUGUAAAAAUACCGACGUUUCAAAUAAAACAAAAAGAUUCCCAAAGUGGUAGUAUAAAAAUCGGAUUUUUAGGGCAUCAACCCCCAUGACCUGUGCUCCGCUGCUGCCUCCCCCACUUUUGAGAAUCAGUGUUGAAUAUAGAACAUUUUUCUGGGGAGGGGCAUUAUUAAAAUUAAAAUAUGCAAGAUCUCUUUUUUUUUUUUUUUGGUCAUCUAUUUUUUUACUAAGACCAGUGAAAUUCAAAUUUGUUUAAUUAAUUAUUAAUUUACCCAUAUUUAACAGGGGGAAAACUAAAUUCUAGGAAGGGCUAUCGUUUCCCCUUAGAUAUACCUGGAUUUAACAUUGGGAAAGAUGAAACAUUAUUAACGAAAAACGAUUUGGAGCGAAGUUCAGUUUAUGCAUGUUUUAAAAGGCCAUAAAAUUUACGAUUUUCGUACAAAAUUUGAUUUUAAUACUUUUAUAAAAAAAAAUAUAUAAUAUGACACUCUUGUCAAAUGUUCAAGAAUUUCUUUUUUGUCUAACAAUUUUGUACACAGAGUACCUAUCAAAUAAAAAUUACGUACAAAAGUAGCAAAAAUUAAAUGUCUAUAAAUAGCUCAAAAAAUGACGGUUUUUACGCAAUUAUCAGAACGUCAGGUUAUUGUGAUUAUCAAUAACUUAUCGAAUUAGGGUCAAAAUAAAUAUCAUAACCACUCCGGAUGAUUGCCGUACUCAAAAAAUUUAACCCUUACGAAUUUACAUUAUUUCGUUAACAUUUUUACAAUUCAGAUUUUAAGCCUACCGCAAUCUUGUUGAUGUGUUCUUUUAGUUUCUGAGCGGAGCGAGAAAUAUAUUGGUUUUACAAUGGUGUUUUUUCUAUGGACAAAUUUUGUGUCAGCAGUUUUGCUCCAAUUUACAAUGAUAGCACUUUUUUCGAAAGGAAAUCUAACUGGGGUGGUACUUUAAGGAGGUCAUUUUUAGAUUUUCACUUGAGUUUUCCCAAUCAAUGGAAAAAACAUGAAAAAAUCGGAAGAAUGGGAAAAUAGAUAUAAUAUUAAAUAAAUAUUAUUAAAGAAUAGGUUUAAUGCAUACAUAAUUACUAAUUAUUUUACCAUAACAUGUCAUAUAUAUACAUAUUGUUGAAAAGGCAACACUAUCAACCGAACUCCGCUCAGAAUCGUAUUUUCGUUAGCAAUGGUUAAUUGUUGAUUAUACGAAUGCCAUACGAAUAAAUUAAAUAAUUGUUACGUACAGAUGUACAUUAAGUGUCCCCCUCUACUACCUUCCCAACUUCUCACUUACGUGCGAAGUAUGUCCGUCUUUUUCAAGUUGUUUUCGUAAUUAUAUGUAUAAAGUAUCUAUAUAAUGGAGCUUAUCGGAAUUCAGGCAGCCGUAUUAUUAGUAUGGAUGAGGGGUGGGGUUGUGAUGGAGGUAGAAUUAAGUCCAAGAACCCUCUUUUUUUAUACUACUCAAAGUAGUUAAUAUCUCAACGUUUUUGUAGUUUUCAGAAAUUUAGAAAUCUGCUAUGUUGUAUCUAUUACUAUUGUAUCUAGUACUUACUGACAAGAAAAUAACCUUUACUACGUAUACCUAUAGUAAUCACUUUUUUUCGUCUGUUAUUGUGUAAGCAGCAGUUAUUGAUCGACACUGCAGUUCAGUGUUACCAUUUGUCAUCUGACUCGUUUCGGAUAUUAUGUUACCUGAUUUUUACAAAUAAUACCUACGAGAAACGACAAUAACUUAUUAUUAACCUAUUAUGGUAAUACUUGUAAUUAGAAAUUAUUCAGACACACAAAUAUACAAUAUUAUUACCGUUACGGCGUGAAAAAGAGAUUUGCAAUAAAAUCGUAUUGAAAUUAAAACGUAUUCUUGUCAUGUAAACAUUUUAAAAUGGUUUAAAAACAUCAAACCAUUUUCAAAAUUAAAACGCUCGCACUAGAUGGAUAGUCUAAGAAACUAAAUCUAUUUAAAAAUUUUUAACAGAUGUUGAAGAUGUAAACGCGUUUUUGAAAUCUUCUCAUUUCAUCAGUUUUUGUUUGUGCGUUGCAUGACCUAUUGCCAUUGUUUUAAAUAGUCAUAUCUCGAUUUAUUUUGCUGUAUUCCAUCAAAUGGUCGCUUUAAAAUUAAAUGAUAAAGACGUAUAUUUGAUUCGAAAAAAAGUAUUUAUAUAAUAUGUAGGUACAUUUAAUCGGUUUACAAAAUGUUCAUUGAACCGCUUUUUAUAUCUAUAGUGUACAUUCUAAUAUUCUAUUUAAAAUAAAUAUACAUUAUUUUUACGGUAUUGAUGUAAAAUAUAAUUAGGGUAUUUUUAGAUUUUGCCGAUUCCGGUAAAAAGAUAUCAUCGAGUUCUAAAAUAUUCACGGAACAAUCAUGACCUAUGGAAAUAAAAUCAACCCCCCUCCUAGAACAGGCAAAACGAUAUCUUAUUACGCGAUACAUUUUUUAUUCGUAACACGAUGUCAUUACGUCUAUCGGUGGCGUAAAAUUGUUCUCAAUUUUUGAAAGUGAAGGGAAAUAUUUAAUUUUCCAACCUACCGAUACUCUAAUUUUUUUGACACACCCCUGCUUAAUGAAAAAAUAAUUUUCACAAUUAUUUACACUUUUUUUUUAGAUUCUGAGUGUAGCAAAGAAUGUAUUGGUUUUACUAAGAUAUAUAUCUUUUUUUUUUAUUUCCUAUGUACAAAAAUUCUACCAGAAAUUUUGCUCAGAUAUUUACGUGCGGUACCAUUUCUGAAAAGCAAUGUUGCUCAAAUGGUAUUUUUUGAUUUUCCAAGCGGUUUUCAUAAUAUCUGGGAAAAAUCAAAAUAAAACGCAAAAAAAAACGGGAAAUUUACGAAAAUAAUGCUUUUAUUAUUUUUCAAUUUUGUUAUUUGUUGUAAUUCAGUUUAAAAUAUUCGGAGAUAUUUGAAAUUUGGACAGACAACUUAUAUUUGCCUUUUUUAGACGUAGUAAAAUUUCAUACAAUUUAAGCCAUAUUUGAGGUAUUUUUAUAGAUAUUUUAAUUUUAAGAGUUUAGUACGUAAUAUUUAUUCAGUGUAGGUAAUCUGUGGUAAAAUUUUUAAUUUGAACAGAAAUGUUUCAAAAUUUAACAGGAGGUUCAUCAAGAGUCUUAAUUUGUGGUAAUUGAGUUUAAUAUAGUAUAUUUUUUUUUAUAAGGGAAUUUAAUAUCAAAUUUUGACGAAAAAAUGUUUUGCAUUUUUUUUCCCUUUUAUCUAAAUAAGGAAAAAAAAUGCAUUUUGGAUGUACCUAGAGACACAAGCCAUCGCUCCCUUGGCCUAUUUUAAUCGCAAAAUACCCCUCGAUUUGUUAUGCAAACUUGUCUACUAAAAAUCUUGAUCCGAUGAAUCAACUGUGGCUUAUUUUCAGAAAGGAAAUUUUUUUUCCAUGGUGAUUUAGAUAAUUCGUUUUUUGAUUUUUCAAGUAGUUUUCAUAAUAUUUGGGAAAAUCGAGAUUAAAUGUUGGAAAAACGGAAAAUGUACGAAAGGCAUUAGUAAAAAACUAUUAUGACCUUUUUUUUCUGUAUACAACUUUCCUACCAAAAAUUUCGCUCGGAUUUAAAAUGAUAGCACUUUUUCUAAAUGGAAAUAUGACUGGAAAGGUACUUAGGGUGGUAAUUUUUCGAUUUUCCCAGGAGUUUUUCCAAUAAAUGGGUAAAACCAUGGGAAAAUCGGUACAAUAUUAAAUAAAUAUAAUUAAAAAAAAUAUAUGAAGCCUAUUUAAUUAUUUUACGAUAAUAUGACUUAUAUAUAUAUUGCUGACAAAGCAUCACUAACCGUUAUUAGUCGUUAAAAUAUUAUAUUUUUUUUGUGAGCAUAUCAAAGGCCAAUGAAUCUAAUUUGCGUAAUUUACCUUGAUGUGCCUACUCCUUUUUAUGUGUCACGCUAUCACACACAUGAGCUGUCCACAUAAUAUUUUAUACUAUUAUAUCAACGAAAAUCUGUCUUAAGAUAAUGGGGAAGGGUGCAGCCACUGUUAUAGAUGAGAAGUUAAUUGAGGGGUAAUUGAAUAUAUGUCUGUAAACAACGAUAAACCAUUGCUUACAAAAAAACGAUUCUGAGCGGAAUUCAGUUGAUAGUGAUGCUUUGUCAACAAUAUAUAUUUCAUAUUGUGGUAAAAUAAUUAAAUAGGCAUUAUAUAUUUUCUUUAAUAAUAUUUGCUACAUAUUGUAUCGAUUUUCCCGUUUUCCUGCGUUUUUCCCGGAUUAUCAUAUUUGUUAAUAAAACUCCUGGGAAAAUCGAAAAAUUACCUCCGUAAAGUACUUUAAGAUUUCUCAGUAAGAUUUCCUGUUAGAAAAAGUGCUAUCAUUUUAAAUCGAAGUGAAAUUGCUUGUAGGAAAGUUGUACAUAGAAAAAUAAAGGCCAUACUAAUACAUUUUCCGUUUUUCGGACAUUUUAUUCGGUUUUUUCCCAAUUAUUAUGAAAUCCGAUUGAAAAAUCACAAUAAUGACCUCCCUUGACCAGGGAGAUAAAAUUUUCUUUCAGAAAAUAAGCUACACUUGAUGCAAGGGUGAACGAUUUCUGGUAGAAAAGUUUGCACAACAAAUCGAAAUGUUGUUCAAAUCAAAUGUGUUUGUACCCAUCUGGGUAAAACGGAAAAAAGUGCAAACAAUUUCUUUUAAAAUCCGGGUUUGACCCACGACCCUUAGUAUGACAAUAUGUAGUCAUGACCAUUCGACUAUAACAAAAUUAUAGUAAAGUGGACAAUAUAGAGUUAUUUAACAUAACAUAAUAUCAGAUAAUAAGAUUUUUAGCAAUAUCGAGUUAAUAAUCUCAUCGCCAUACAUAUUAUUUGGCAAUAGGUAUUUAUUUUAUAUCGUUUAAAACGCUCGAAACUGUAAUAUUAUAGUUGUAUCGUUACGUGUGGUUAAUAUUGUUAAUAAUAUUAUUGUGUUAGCGGACCAACGAACGAUUAAAUAAUAUUAUAACCUAAUAUAUAUAAUUACAUAAUUAAGUGUAUGUGUGUGUUAUCGAGCCGAGCUAAGUAAUUAUCCGAGAAUUUUUUUAUUGAUUUGUAUAUUAUUCUAUUAUUACACGUAUCGAUAAGGCCGAACGGGUCGGGUAUCAGGGAGUGGGGUGCCGUAGGUGUAUAUAAAUGCCGUUGUGCCUUUUAGAUUUUGUAUUAUUUUUCUGUAUUGAGUGACGCAGGAAUCGCGUAAAUUAAUCAUAUAGCUGUUGAUAAUCCAUAUUGAUUUUUUUUUAUGUUGUUGUUUUUUUUUUUUUAGAUAAAACCGGUAGCUACUGUGCAUCAGUCCGUAUAGGAGAUGGGAUGUAAUGUACAACAAAUAGUCACGUGGUAAGUAUAUUCGAUAGAUUGACAAUUAAAACCGACUGAUUUGCCUAUAUAUAUAUUUUUUUUAUCGGUAAUUUCUGAAAGAUAUUGUUUGUAACUAAACUUAUAAUUUUUUUUUGACAAUUUUCCGCAAUAGGUAUCAAAAAAAAAUAGGCACUUAUGAUAAACAACAGUGGGAGAAAACGAUCGAGCAACGUAUUCUAAGCGGCUUCACGCACGUUCCAAAGAAAAAUGCUAAAUUGAAGACUGAUCUCAUCGAUGUAGACUUAGUAAGAGGUUAGUAAUUCACCUGUAUUAUAAUAUAAUAAUAUCGUUAUGUGCGAUUUGUUUAAAAUUAAAAGUCCGUUUGCAUAACCUUGGCCUUGCUGCCAAUAUAUAAAGCCAUAAAUGUAUAAUAUUAUGUGUGUGUGUAUAUAUAUACAUACAUACAGGGUGUCUCACGAAGAUAUACCCAUUGUAAUAUCUCCUCAAGAUAAUAAAGAUAAUCGAAUACUGUUUUUUUUUUUAUAUUAAUCUUAGGGGGAUAAGUACUACAUCAAUGUAUAUUUGAAUUAAUUUUAUGUUUUGGUAAAAACUUAAAAAAAAAAUUUUAUUUUUAAAAAAUGUGUUGAUAUGUUUUGAAAUUUACUUAAUAAUAUAACUCAUACAGUCAUAAAAUCAUCUCUUUUUGACAAUAAUUACGUAUGUAGUAUAGUGGGUAGGGCGUUAGUUGAAUUAAGUUGGAUUAGACAAGGUUCAGGUUCAAUAGCCGGUGGCAGUGGCAGAAAUAUGAUUCUUUUUUUUUACAUUUUUAUCUCUCGUAUUUUCGUAUAGGAUUUUAAAAAUAAAAUAAUGUAUUUUAAAUAUUUGUAAAAUAUAUUUUUAAUUAUAUCAUUUAAAAACAUUUUAUUAAUAGGUUUUUUAAAUAUUAAUUUAACAUUGAAUUUAACAUUUCAUUUUGAAUGGAAAACUGGUCAUUUGAACAUUUCAUAAAUGUUAAAAAAUAUUUUUUUUUGUUACUUAGAUAACGAUCUUAUUGAUUUCAGAAAAAAAUACCUGUAUUUAUGCAGCAUGCUGUAAUUACAUUCGCUAAUUGCCUGUAUACUAUUUUUCUUUAAAAUUUUCGGAUCGAAGUUCGGUAAGACAUCGGUAUUUGAACUGUUGUCAUUUUUAAGAUUUUCGUCAAAAUUUAAUCUUAAAACGCUUGUGAAAAAAAACUUAUGCAUUAAACUGCAAACAUUUUACCGCAUCUACAAAAGAUCAAUUUAAGAAUUUUGUGUAAAUUACAUGUCUCUUUAGUAAUUUUUAACCGAUAAACAACAAAAUGCCUUAUACUUUGUCGUGUUUCCUGCGCUUUUUCGUAAUAAUUAGGAAAAAUUUUACUGAAAAUCAAACAAUGAUUUUCUUACUCAUAAACGAGACAAAAUUUUCUUUCAGAAACUAUGCUAUUCUUGAUAUUUGGACUAAAAUUUCUGAUAUAAAAAUAUGAUCUAAACAAUUUUAAAUAAUGAAAUCGUUAUUUUUAAUUUGAAAAAAUAUCUUAUUUUUUAUCAUUUUAGUUUAUCCCAAUUAUUAUGAAAACUUGUUUUUUUCAGGCAGAAAAAAAAUAGUAAAUCCAUCUUAGGAAAACCAAUCGCUACGCUCCGAAUCUUAAAAUAACAGAAUUCGAUUAUCUUUAUUAUCUUCGGAUAUAUAUUCGUGGGACACUCAGUAUAUUGCGAUAGUAAUAUCCGCCAGGUUCGUAUUUUAUGCGACGACGUGCAGUUGCAGUAUAAUAUAUGUGCAAGAGGUUAAGGUCUAUUGAUUAUUUUUACCCAUUGACCUUUUUACCGCGUAUAUACAAAAUCAAUGAAACCAAAACGCGGUUCGCCGAAACGGUGCGCGGAGUCCACCACAGCGACCGGUGUAACUCCAACCUAAAUAUAGGUACCCAUUAUUAUAGUAUUGCAGUGGCGGCGUAACGAGCCGAUAGGACCCGGUCUUUCUCCGAAAAAUCUACGUUAUUUCAUUAAAAAAAUGUUAAAUAUUUCUUAAUCCAAGAAUAACGCACGUGUUAGAAAUUACAACGAGACAUUUUUAUUAAAAACUAUAUGAACGCAUGUUUAGAGGGCCUACGAUCGGAGUGGCCACUAAUGUCGUUAUUAAAAUGAUACAAUUUCUUCCAAACAUUAUUAAUUAUUAUCAAUUAAUAUAUUUAUGUUAUUCUAAACGUUUUCAAACACUAUGGUACUAUAGGUUAUGGUAUUCGUUUAAUGCCGUUUUAUUGUUUUUUUUUUUUUUUUUUAUUUUUUUUUAUCAAAUUAUCAUGAGAACUGAGUUACACAACAUUUGAAUUAUUUAAAUACGUUUUACAGAACUAAAGUUCAAUUAUCUCUAUGUAUUAGUUUUUGUAAUAUUUUUUAAUAUGACCCAUAAAGCACCUAAAAAAUAAAUUAUAUUUACAUCCAUUUAUUCUAAUAUAAAAUGUCAGCUUGUGCUAAAUUGUAAGAACCUAGAAGGGAAACAAAAUACAGUAUAUUAAAUAAUGUUAUCCAACUGUUGGCAAUCCUUGAAGUAAUCGCUAUUAAUGACCUUUUCUGUUGACUGAAUUGUGUUUUGUGACAAAUCUAUUCGACAUUUAAUUAUUUAAUUAUAAUUCAAUUUUCGCACACUGAUAAUUUAUUGUAUUUUGGCGUGUCUUUAAUUUACCCAAGUCAAUAGCUGUAGAUAAUUGUAAAUUAAAUUAAUAUUCUGUGCCAUUUUAUCAUUACUGAGAAUUUAGUUCAUGUAAAAGUGUUGUAAAAAACAUAAAUUUAAAAAAAAUUAACAACUCCGUCAAAAUCAGUUUUUUUUCCACGGAGAAGAAUAUCAGUUGUUUAUCCAUUCCUACGUAUAGCGUUAUUUAGUGUUAAAAUAAAAAUCUAUACAAAUUAGCGAAUUUUUUCAAAAUUUUUUUGAACUAUUAUUUUAACUUGGAAAUUUUAAACUUCAAACAAACUCAUAUAAGAAACGCCCUGGUGUACAUCCAUAUACGGUUUUGCUGUAGCAUUCCGACACGUUAAACUGUUAUCAGGAUACCACAGAGUUGGACUCGAGCACGGUCUUUUGACACAAUUUGUACCAAUUAAACGUAAUAACACACAUAGUCCACAAUUCCACAGUACUGUUGGGGACAAGUUUUUAAUUUUGUUUAGACGUGGUGACAGUUGUGGAAUGAUUGAAAUAUGUACUGAUUACUUUGGAACGAGUACCGGUGUAACGACCCAUCAUACCCACUAGUGACUGUAAAUCGUAAUAUUCGAGUACUCGGACAAUUUCAAAAAUUUGAGAAUUUCCAAGUACUCAACUCGGUUUAAAAACAACAAUACUCGCCCUACUCUACGUAUUCGAUCGUAUUAGUGUAUCAUAUAAUUAUUACGUAUUCAAAUUUGUUUAUUAAACUCAUAUUAUAAUGUAUUAACACGGUUUUAAGACUCAACAAAGCCCUUUAAGAUAUGGUUAGAUAUGAAAUUAAAACGUAUCUCCCCCACCCUCAAUUAAAAAAAAAAUCCCGUCUACUCUCCUAGACAGUAGGCCAGUAUCAUUGGUUAUAAUAAUUAUUAUUAUUAUAAUAAAGUCUCGUUUUUCCACAUUAUUAUGUAGGGUCGGCGUUCACCAAGGCGAAACCUAAACACGGAUUUUUCACAGUGACCCGACUGGCGGUCGUCCGGUUAUUAUUUUUACCAUGUUAUUACCAAUGGUAUGUACACCAGACGUCGUGGCGGUUGUUCCUGUCUCUCCUGUGCCUGUACGUUUUGCAGUUGGGAAACAUUUUGUUGUUCAGCUAUGUCACGUUUGUCUCGGCUGAAGAAGACGUAGCGUCGUCGUCGUCGGUAUGAGUUAAUAAUACUAUUUUAUGAUAUAAAACGUACAAUAUGCAUGUUUACAUGAGUUAUAAAUCGACAAUAUAAUGUGUAGUAAACUAAACUUGUAGCUAAACGCAAUUACAUUACACGAUCGUUAAACGAUAUUAUAAAAAUAUUAUCACGCCGCGUGUUUGGGUCGUUUUCGUUUAAAUCGAAAAUAAUAUAGCGGGCUGGCACGUUUUUUAAAACAUUGUUAUCGUCGCGGCCGAUGCACAAUGAGACGACAACGCGGUCAAUCACUCGAAUGCGGCGGCGCCUGGUAGUCGUAUUGAAAUAAAAUAUAGUAUUAUGAUACAUUUUUUUCUCCUCGAUAUUUGUUUGUAUGUUGACGAUGUAAACAAAAAAAAUGUCAUCAUAUCAUCACGAACCAGCUGCUGCUGUGUUUACUUAAUAAAAUUAUGCGGCAAUGAAAAAACAAUUGUGUAGAUCUGUCGGGUACUUAUAACAUAAUAAUAACAAUAACAAUUCACACGGUUCCCGAGAUUUCGAAAUAUGCGCGCCAAAUAAAAAGUAAAUUAAAGUUUGUAGUAAAGGUUACAAUUUUGGAUCAUUGUAAUAGCUUGAAUGUAAUAUUGUUCAUACCUACCUAAACGAAUAGUCCCGAUAAAAUUGUUAAAAUAUAUAUGUAUUAGAUUAUUAUUAUGUUUUUUUUUUUUUUUUUUUUUAAAUUUUAUUAAUUUAUAUUUAUUAAUUUAUAUUUAUUACGUAUAGAUAAACAAAUACAUAAAUCGAUUAAAUUAUCUACCUUUGGUAAGCCAUGCCCGUCGUGUCGAAGGUAGAGAUAACGUAAUCUCGUUUAUACGUACACAGUUAGUCUAACCUAUCCGUUUAUGGUACGACGUCACGCGUGUUGAUGAACUUUUCAUAAAUCAAUAAUCUCGUAUACGUUUUUUUUUUCUGUUUUCCAUAAUACGCGUUUAUGUAAAAAUUUACAAUUUUUACCGUCAUAUCGUUUUGCGUAACCGCCGUUGUAAUGUAAUUAUUAUAACCGAUCGACAGUACAUUUAUCUAGUCGAGUGUUGACGUAUUUGCGUAUAUGUUUUGCGGUAGGUAGGUGUGUUUUAUUAGAGAUUAGCAAUAUUCUAUUGCGAUGUUGUGAUGUUUCGAGUAAAAUUCGAUUGCUCGUAUUAAAAAAAAAAAACAACGCGCAUUUUGUGCAAUGUUCAACUUAAAUUAAUAAAAUUAAAGUUAAUUUUCGUUAUAAUAUAACCAUCAUGUGGAAGGAUGGAAAUUAAUUUUGCUCCGGGGCACAACAUUUCUAAAUACAGCACUGGUGAAUUUUAAGUAGUUAUUAUAAAUUUAGAUGUACAAGUAUAUCAUGUUGUUUUAAACGUCAUUAUUACAAAUGCAGAAUUUUGGAAAUAUAUUAUUUUGGGGGACGCCAGACGCAAACGAAAUAGUAUGUCGUCAAAUCCAAUUUAUGUCAUUGCCGGUUUGAGUUUGAUUUCCACAUGAAUAUAUUAUAAACUAACUAUUUAUUAAAUGAACUAAUUUAAUUUAACUAAUUAUUAAUGAAGCUGGUUGCCAUUUACCAAAAGUGCAAACAACGUUAUCAUUAAUUGAUACAGUAUCACUUUUAAACAUCAUAUUACAGACAUUUUUUAAAAGUUCAAAUAUUUAUAUUUAAAAUAUGAAUUUUCUACACGUACUUCUGUUUUAUAUUAGAAGUUAUUUAUACUCGUAUUAAUAAAGAACAUUAUUAUUGCUAUCCUAUGCAAUUUGUACAAUAUACAUUUUGUUCUCAGUUUUAAGCGUUUUUUACAAAAUCCAUUUCGCCCUUUGAUUUGUUCUAAGUAUUAACCAUCUGAAGCACAUAGAAAUGUUUUAUUGAUAAAUGUGACAUUCUGUUAUACUUUAAAAAAGUGAAUUUUGCUCCUUGUCUCCCUUCAGUUAAAGCACCCGUUCACCGUUCACGUUUCAAUAAACAACUAUCGUUGUUUAAUAUUAUAGUUCAGAAUUUCAGCAAAUAUUAAAAUCGAGUUGAAAAUGAUGGACUUACUUCGCACAAUGGGUGGGUCACUGUUGUAGGUGAGAAUUGGGGAUUAUAGGAUAUAGAAAGGAAUUUAAUGUAAAUCUGUACGUAACGAUUAAUUAUUGCUAACAAAAACGAUUCUGAGUGAAAUUCGGUUAUACGUGUUUUAAAAGGCCAUAAAAAUGAAUUUCAUUAAAAUUCGACAAUAUAAUUUCUUAUUAAACAAAAAAUAGUACAUUAAAUUCAACGUUUUCUUGUUGGCCAUUAAGUACAACUUAUAAUAAACCUCCUGUUAAAUUUUCAAACAUUUCUAUUUCUAUUUGGUUUUACAAUUUUAUCCAUAGAGUACCUAUACCGAAUAAAAAUUACGUAAAAAAACUUGCAAAAUUUAAAUAUCUAUAAAUAGAUCAAAAUUAUUAAAUUGUUUUAAAAAUUAUACCUUUUCUAUAAAAGGCAAAUAUAAGUGCUCUGUUUCAAGUUCCUAAUAAUAUUUUUAACUGAACCACUACAAAAGCCAAAACACAAUGGCCAUGAAUAUAUAACCGCGGAUUAAUGAUAUCAAUGAUCGUCAAAAUGUUUUUAACAUUUUACUACGUCAAGAAAAAGCUAACACGCGUCGAGUGCGUCGUAGUAUGUAACGCGCGUUGCCCGUGAAUCCGCGAGAAAUUCGUUCCGCGAUUAUGUCGGUCAACUACGUAUAUUAGUGAAGUAGUGUAGGUCGUUUUUCAUACGCAAAUAUUGCGCCAUAAAAGUAAUAGUUAUCGUAUAAUAAUAAAAUAUAAUAUAAUAUAAUAAUAGUUAUUUAAUACCUAUACAUAAUAUAUCCAUGUUUUGUCGAUAAACAAUGUUCUAAAUAAAUAGUAUAACAUUAUGUUCGUAUAACUCUGAUGAAAUCAUUAUCGUUAUUACAAUCAGUUAUCUAAAUUAUCAUAACAACUUAUCUAUAGCUAUAAUAUUGGUAUCGUUGACGAUAGCCGUUUCCCGGGGAAAAAAAGCCUUAUAUAGUUUUGCAAAAAAUAGACGAGCAUUUAAACCACAUAUUAGCCAUAAUAAUUGUCACUAGAUUAUACCGUUUCAAAAAAAAGGUUCACUGAACCUCAUUAGUAAAUUAUUAAGCCGUAAAGAAUGCGAUAUAAUAAAUGUUGACAAAAGAACAAAAUCAAAAAUAAAUAAACCGUUAUUGCCUUAAACUUUCCUGUAUUCCAUAUGUUUUUUUUCUGGUUUUAACCAAUUAUUAUGAAAACUAUUUGAAAAAUAAAAAAACAACUUCCUCUGAGUAUCUACCAGCUAAAUCCAGAAUUCUACUAAAAAGCACAGUGUUGUCGUUUUUUGAUUCAAGCAAGAUUUCUAGUAGAAAAGUAAAUAAGUUAUUCACAGAUACAAACAAAAUGCAUACCCCCGAAAUUUUUUCAGUUUACCACUCCCUUAAAUUAGCUUCAGUUGUGUUAUAAUAUAAUUUGUAAUUAUAAUUUUUAUCAUAAUACAUUAUGACGUGUGACCUAUUUAAAUAUAAAAUUUAUAACAACAACACAAACUCAGUCAGACCACAUACAUAAACAAUCACGGUUUCACUAAGCUGCGCCAUAAAAUGUAUUUCGGUAUCCAUAUGUUUGGAUUAAAAAUUCUAAUCGUAUAAAAAAUAUAGACUGACAUACUUCGCACGAUGAGUGGGCCACUGUUUUAGGUGAAAAGUUGGGAAGGUAAUAUAGAGGAAAUUUGACUUAUACCUGUACGCAAUGAUAAACGAUUGCUAAUGAAAAACGAUUCAGAGCGAAGUUUCUUUUGUACAUAUGUAUAAAUUUCCACGUCUAAAAAAGUCAAAUAUAAGUGUUCUGUCAAAAUUUUAUGUCACUAUACAAAUAUUUUAUAAAUAUUUAAACUAAAUUACAACAAAAAACAAUAUUGAAAAUUAUACAUUUCGUACAUUUUCCUUUUUUCCAAUUAUUAUGAAAAUCGCGCUCAAAAAAUCAAAAAGUAUCACUUUUAAUAUUUUAGGAAAUAUAAAAUUUCCUUUCCAAAAAAGUACUACACAUGAAAAUCAGAGCAAUGUUUUUGGUAGAAAAGUUGUUCGCAGUAAAAAUAAAAAAUAAAAAUUAACAUCAUUUGAAAAACCAAAUCUGAAUCUGAAAAGAAGUUAAUAUACACAAAGUUAUUUAAUUUAUGUCUGUACACAAAAUAAUAAUAUUAAAUGAUUAUGAUUAUCUUGUAUUCCGUUCAGAAUUAAAAAUAUGUUAAUUUGAGUAAUUUUAGUGAAAAAAAAAAUCCAUAGUAAUAAUUUAUUCCUGUGUAUCAUAAUUUAAAUAAAAUAUUAUAAAUUUUUGCACGCAGUCAUUUUUUUCCGAAUUGUUUAUUAUAAUAAGCAUUAUUCAUAAAAUCUGAUUGCAAUGCAGUUUUGUUUCACACAUUCAUUUGAAGAUUAUGAAUUUAUUUUUUUUUUUUAUUGAAAACAAUAUAGACCUAUUGUUUCUUUGUUUUCUCAUUUUUUUGUUUUGUAAACACGGUUUAUAAAUCAAAAUUACAGAAUCGAUUUCUAAAACUUUUAUCUGUGAACAUGUAUCUUGUAUUCCAAUUGAUAAUUUAUUUUAAAAAUAUUCUGAUAAAUCAUAUUAAGCGAAUUUAAGGUAAAUAUUUUUUGAUAAAUUUAAAUUGAUAUUGAUAUGAUCAUAUGUACAUAAUAAAUGAGAAUUUUACCAGAUUUUAACAAAUAAAAUCCUAAAUUUAAAUUUAAAUCGCUUAUAGACUAAAUUACGAUAUAACUUUUAAAUUUUUUUUUGCUACUAUAGCUCAUGAUGAACAGCAUAAAUCAAAAGAUACUAUGCAAAGUGUGAAUGGUUUUUGUCAAAAUCUAAACCACUGAAUAGAUUAAAUACAUAAAGUUUUCUAUAUUAUCUAAUCUAAAUCUAAAUUAACAGUUAAAUUAUUGAACACUGAAUUCAAAAAUAUGUUUUUAGUAUGGUUUAAUUUCCAGUCACUGAAAAGCAUGCACAUUAAAUUAUGUUAGUUUUAAUAAAUAAAAUGAAAUAUAAAAAUUAUAUUCUAAUAGUAAUGAAUAUAAUUGUACUAUACUUUUUUCAGACUGUAUUACUUGGUGAAGUACUGAGCCCAUUUAUAAUGAUGCUUGUGUUGAGUAUUGUUCAUUCGCAAAUUGUGUCUACCACUACAAUUUCAAAAAAGAACUUUUUGAAAACCCCUAGAUCUCAUAGCUCAAGACGUGCUAAAAGGGGGAAUCCUACCUCAACUAAAAUUAAAAGUAAAUUUAUUAUACUAUUCAUAUUACUUGCAUAUAUAAUCUAAAUACUCAGUGUAAUAUGUUUUUUUUUUGUUAAAAGUAUUAUUUUGAUCAUUAAUCUUGAUUUUUCUGGUUUGUUCACACUCUUACUGAUCAUUUUAAAUAUUAUAUUAUCUAAAUGGUUUUUAUAUAAUUAUUAUAAAAUACUUUAAUUUUUUGUAGAACUGGAACUAUCGGGUAUAAUGGUAAUUUGUAAUUUUUCAACUUUUGAAAUGUUAAACAUAAUAUCGUUAUCAAUAUAAAAUUGUUUUUUAAAUUUAAAAAUAAUAUUUGAUUGAUUUUUUUUAAUUUCAGAUUCGACUGAAUUGAAAGUAGAAAAUAUCCAAUCAUUAGUUUGUACUGAUCCUAAAUAUGUGAAGCGUAGAACUAGAAUGUGAGUUAAAUUUAGAAUUUUAAAAUUUCAAAUAUAAUAAAAAUAACACAUAAUAUGUCUUGUAAAAGGAAUGUUUUACCUUGAUUUUCAUAGUAAUAAACUUUGGUAGAAAUUGUUAUUUUUGACACAAAAUAUUAUUUUUAUUUUAAUAGAAUUAAAGAUUAUUGCUCAUAGUAGCCAAUAUGACAAGAACCUGGUAAAGAUUUUAAAUUCUUUACCAUUAACAACUUAAUAAGUGCAGUAUGUUACAACAGCUGUUGUUCUUAUAAAUACAAUUUCUACAUUAUUUUUCAACAAUUAUACGUUUUUAUAUAAUUUUAAACAUUGUAUUUCAGUGGAGAUACAUCCAAAUCUCAAAAUGUUGUGUGGGAUACGUCACCUGUAAAAACGCGCAAUUGGGUUCUGGAAUCUCUACCUGAUAUUGGUGUUUCUUUAGUUUGUGAAGAUUUUAAUUCAGAUUUACGAUUAGUUAAUAGAGAAGAAAAAAAGCAAUUAGGAGGAAUGUAUGUUAAAUUCUUAAGCUUUGAUAAAAUUUAAAACACUUAACUUUAUUGGAGUACAUUUAAUAAUUUUACUAUUUUAGAGAUCGUAUGGAUAUGCGGCCUAAUACUUCUAAUUCAACACACGAUGAUGAUGGGUUUGAGAGUUUAAAUGGGAAUGGUUCUAGUGAUAAUCCUGAAGAAGAUAUUUUAACUGGUUCUACUAUUACAUCCCAAGUAUCUGAGUCUACUAGUGCUGAACAGUCAAGUAGUACUCCGAAACAUCUUUUGAAAAAAUUAGAACCUAAUAUAAAAUUGGUAAAGAAAAAGACUACAGAUGAUAUAGCGGGUAAAAAUGUUAUGAGUCAGAAUAGGUGUUUGCGAUUCAAAAAAACUCCUAUAUCCACUAAAGCUUCGAUUGCAGAUUUAGAUCGUAGACUUUCUGGUAUAAAAAAUUAAUACUUUAUAAUAAUUAUAAAUUAUGAAUAAAAAUAUAAUAUUUAAUUUUUCAGCUUUCCAGACAUCUUCUUGUUUUCAGUAUACCGUUAAUUCCGAAUCUGAAGAUAGUGAACAAGAAACAGAAAAUGAAAGUUUGUCAAAUCCAAAAGUAAUAUACAUUUAUUAAUAAUAUUGUUUUUAUAAUAUAAUAAUGUAUACAAAAUAGUUAAAUUAAAUAUUAUGUUUGGUUAUUUUAGCGUUUAACCAUACGACGUGGUCAUCGUUUGCAAUUACUUCAAAAGUCAAAUUCUGAUGAUGACGAAGACGAUAAUGUAGACAGUUCAUCAAGUCGACAAACUGAUGAAGAAGGUGAAGUCUUAUCUUCAAAUGGAGGUAGUGCUUGUCCUUUAUCUUUGUUGACUGAAGGAACAACUAGUGCUGGUGAAUGGAUUGGUCUUACAACUAAUACUGAAGAAGGUUCUUCCAGUUCAGAUAUAGAUGCUGAACAGACUACCUUAUUGAGUGAUAAUAAUCAAGAUCAUCCAUUUUUAUGGGAAUUUGAAACUGUAAGUUUACUCUUCAUAAGAAAUCUUAUAUUUAUAGUAUCUUAUAAUAUCUUAUAGUAUCUGAAUGAUAUGAAAAUAUAUGCAUACAUUUUUGAUUUUAGACACCAACCGUGAUAUUAAGUCCAAAUUGUGCAGCAUCAGAUCGAGGUAAAAUUAAAUAUUGUUUAAUUUGUUUUGUUGUUAAAUAAAACAGUAAUAAAGUUACUUGUUUGUCCUACACAAAAACAAAUAUUGAUUAUAAUAACAUGUUUAAUUUUAAUUAUUCUAACCUAAAUUGUCAGAUUUAAAUGAUUAAUAAUAAUAAUUAAAUAUUUAUUAGUAAGUUGUACAAUGUGGGAAAAAAAAGAAGUAAAAAAAGGAGAUUUAUCCGUAUUAGAUAUCAGUUCUGCAAUCAUUGCUAGAGUAGAAGAGAUUCCUGAACAAAUGGAUUAUUUUUACUUGGGUAAACAAGAUUACAUUAAAAUAAUUUUUAAUGUUUUUUUUAAUUUAUUUUUUAUUAUAUUAUUAUAGGUGUUUUCUUGUCUGUGAUAAUUGCCCUUAUGCCAUCAGCUUAUCGAUUACUUAAUAGCUUGGCAGAGGACAAACCUUUACCAACUCUAGCUAUAACUAUGAAUGAACCUUCCGAAUAUGUGUACAGACAGUACUUGGCUGCUUUUUUUACCAUUGUUAACGCUGCAUUUGCACCUAUUGGCUGGUAAAUGUUUAAAAUUUUAUAAAUAUUUAAUAUGUUUAUAAUUUACUAUAUAUAUUUUUAUAAAUUUUACAGGGAACGAUAUAUUGUUCUAACGACUUUGAUAGAAAGGUUUUGUUUAUCCUUGAUGUUUUUUUUCCUUUUGACUGUAGCCGAGCGCACAUAUAAACAACGAUUUUUAUAUGCAAAAUUUUUUUCACAUCUCACAUCUUUCAGAAGAGCUAGAAAAUCAAAACUACCCCAUUUUAGAUUAAAUAAAGUGCGGAAUAUAAAAACAUGGCUUUCCAUACGUUCUUAUUUAAAAGUAGGUCAAUCACAUGUAUAUAUAUUGAUAUGUAUAACAACUAACUUUCUUUUUGUAAUUUAUGACUGUUUGUUUCUAUAGAAACGUGGACCUCAGAGAUCAGUAGAUGUUAUUGUGUCGUCAUCGUUUUACAUAUCUUCGUUAUUUUUAGCCAUUUUAAGUGUAGAAUUGCUUAAAGUAAACAAAAUACAAAUAUUAGUAGUAUAAAUAAAAACAAAAUUGAAUUGCUUAUUUUAUUUUAAUUUGUUACAGGAUACAUUUUCAUUGAAUUCUGAAUUCCAUUUAGAGUCAUCAGCAUGGUGUAUGGUACUAGGAAUUUACCUUUUGCGAUUUUUAACUUUGGGCACAAAAAUAAAUAAAAAAUAUAGAAAUUUAUCAACACUAAUUACAGAGCAGGUAAAUACUGAAACCUAUUAAAUUUAUUUAUCUUUCAAUUUUCUACAGUAUUAUUUAAAGAUAAUUUAUAUUUUAUAAGGUUUACUUUUAAGAAUGUUAUUGUUAAUAUAAUUAAUUAUUAUUAUUAUUCAUUUUUUAUUAAAAUUGAAUUAUUGUCAACAACUUAAUAAUUUUUUUACUCUAUUAGGGAUACGUGGGACCCUGAUUUUUUCAAAAUUCAAAUCUGAAUUUAUACGUAAUAUUAUAAUAUUUAUAAUUUAAAAAAAAUUAGUUUUUUUUUUAUAUUUUCUAUGAUUAGGUCUAUUAUAAAAUUAUCCCACAGCAUAUUUAAUUUUGGGUUUAAUCUUUAUACAUAAUAAAUUAAUAUAAAAUAAAUUAAAAACAGAAUUCUGUAUUGGAGAAACAUUGUAACACAGAAUAUUAGAUUUAAAUUAUUGUUGAAUGUUAAUACAAUUAAAGAUAACUUUAAUCGUGGUUGUAAUAAUUGAACAAUAAAUUAUAAUCAAAAAAAAGACUGAUAUACUUCGCACGAUGGGUGGGUCUCAGUUGUAGGUGAGAAGCAAGAAAGGUAGGAUAUAGAGGACAAUUUAAUUUACAUCUGUACUCAAUGAUAAACCAUUGCUAACAAAAAAUGAUUCAGAGCAAAGUUUCCUUUUAUACAUAUGCACAAAUUUCCUGGUUUUUCGCAAUUAUGAAAACCGCUUCAAAAAAGGUAAUACACUUGAAAAUCGUAGCAAGAUUUCUGAUAGAAAAGUUAUUCAAAGAAAAAAAGAAUAAACAUCAUUGCAAAAUCAAUACAUUUCUCAUUAUGCUCCAAAUCUAAAAUAACCCAUAAACUCAUAUAAUUAAAAUCGCAUUCAGCUUACACUUUCAGUAUUAUCACUUUUAAAAUUGUGCCGAUUUCAAUCUUUUUGCUAGCUAAUAUAAACCUUUUAAAUAAUAAUAAAGACUUUAAAGAAUUUUUAAAAAUGUCAAAGUUUUUAAGGUUUUUUUGAAAUCGAGAAAUUUGAGGACCCAUCCGUAAUUGUAUACAAAUUUACUAAUAGUUUUUUUUUUCAGAUUAAUUUAUACUUGCAAAUUGAACAAAAGCCUAAUAAAAAAGAUGAUUUGAUGGUCGCAAACAGUGUUCUAAAAUUAGCUGCUGAUUUACUAAAAGUAUGUAUAAUUUUUAUUAUAUUAUUUAGUUUAUCAAAUACAGUAUUUCAAAUAUUGUGUAAUAUGAAUAAUAUCAGUAUAGUAUGUUGUAUAAAUCUUUUAGCGCAGUUAAAGAUGUAACAGUUUUUCAAAAAUAUAAAUUUAAUAGGUUUAGUGCUUCUAUAAAAUAUAAAAAAUCUUUAUAUUUUCGCCAAUCCUUUUGUUUGUCUGUCCUGAAAAUAACUAACACAUUUUUGCAAAAUUUAUUUUUUAAAUUCCCCGUAUUAUUGCAAAAACAUGCACAGUGAUUUGGAAUUAUUUAGUAUUAAUAUAAUACCCAAUUUUGAUGUUGUGACCUACCUUACAUCUGAAUUAUCAUGUUCUCUUUUUCUGAAUAAGACAAUUUAUGUUGAACGUUUUUGUUUGGCUUUAAAAUUAUUAUUUUUAAAUAUUCAAAUAUAUGUAAAUAGUUGUAACAUGGAUUAUUAUUUUUAAUAAUAUUUGAUUUGUUUUGAAGAUGAAAUUAUAUCUUGUUGGUAUAUUAAAAUUUCAAAAAAAAAUAAAUAUUUUUUUUUAUUUAUGUUAAAUCUAAUUUUAGAUUGAGCACUAAAAAAAUGUCAUAAUUACUAAUUAGAUAUGUAAAUGAACAACUAGUAAAAGAUAUAAUAUAUGUUAAAAUCAUAAUGUUUUAAAUUAAUGAAAUGCAAAUACUUUUAAUUUAAUAUAAUUCAAUAAAUUCAACAUCAUUAAGAUUAUUUAAAGAAUUAAAUUUACAUCUGAAUCUAAAAAUUUAAAUAAUAAGUACAAAACAAAUUUUACAUAUUUUAUUUUUUUUAAUUUUUCUCGUCUAGAAAACUAUUAUGCCAAAAACUUUUAUUAUAUUAUAAUUUUCAAUUUGGUAGUGAGACUUAGGGGAUCCACAUAGAAGAAAUGUUUAAUAAAAAAAAUAACACAUGUAUUAUCUUAAACAGCAGUGGUAUGCCUUAACUUAUUAUGAUAAUUCACUUUUUGUCAGGAAUUGGAAAGCCCGUUCAAAAUCGCUGGCCUGUCCGACAAUCCAUACCUGUUUACUCUGAUAAAAGUGGUGAUUCUGUCUGCGCUGUCUGGCGUCCUAUCUGAGUUGCUGGGAUUCAAAUUGAAAUUACAUAAAAUUAAAAUCAAAUAGAAUGUGAUAUUAUUAUAGUUGGACUGCUGUUGUGCCAGUGUUCAUCACUCAUAUUUUAUAAGCUAAAAUAAUCAGUAAAGUGUAAUAAUAAUAUCAUGUCAGUAUUUCCACAUGAAUUGGGGCUCCACAUGGACAAUUAUUAUUAUUUAUUUUUUUUUUUUUUUUGUAGAUGCCCUUUAUAAUGUUGUAGCUCGUAUACCAAUUGAGACUUAUAAUAUGAUAGCCUACGCACAUGGACAUUGUCGUUUUUGUUAGAGCCAUGUAAUAUGUUAGCCAAUAAUUAUUAUAUUUAUAUAUUGCAUAUUAUUCAAUUUUAUAUUAAACUAUUCGCUGAGACUUCUUAAUUUUAUAUGCAAUAACAAUAUAAAAAAAAAAAUUAAAUUAAAAAAAAAAUAUCGUGUUCAUAGGUGUAAUUUUAGACUUAUUUAUAUUAGGCUAAUACAUUUUAGUCAAAUGAAGAUGAUUAUAAUAGUAGUAGUAUCUAGUAAUAAGAGUAAUAAUAAUGAUUUUAUUAUUUUAAUACAACUAUUGUAACAAUAUCGUGAUAAUCCAUUGUAAAAAAAUGUAAAACCAUGUAAAUAUUGAUUGGCUGUGUUUCUCGUGUUUGUUGUUGGGUGAGGGAUGGGGGAAAUAUAUGCAAGACAACUGAGAAUAGUGUUUUUGGUUUGUAUUUUGAAAAAAAAAUUUGUUUAAAUUUUGAUUAGUUUGUUUGACCAACUUAUUUAAUAUUACAUAAUUCUGUAUACCAUACUAAUUGCAAGAUUCCUGAGGACACUAUCAUUUAAAGACAAGAGACAAAUAUACUAAUAUUACAAUAAUAUUUAAGUAUAUUUAGGCCAGUACAGUUAGGUAAAAAUUAUAAUUUAUAUAUGACUUGUGGUUUGUUAUGGGGAGUUAAGGUUGUAAUUUCAUGAUCGUAAAAAUCCAUUUGUGUCGCUAGCAAUCGAUACCAUUAGUAUAAUGUAUUAUUAGGUUUGUACCUACCAAUUUUCUAUACAUUAACUCUGUGAUGAUCCUCUUGUUUUAUUAUUUAACAAUUUAAAUUGAACGUUGUUUAGUGAUAAAUUAACAAUAAUUUAAAUAUAUUUAUAUAUGUAUGUAUUAUAUAAUAUAUACAUAUAAUUAAGUUGUUUUUAUUAUAAUUUAUAAAUAUACCUUUAAAAGUUUAAUUUAUUUACCUCUGGAGCACACAACACUGUUACUACUAGAAUACAUUCAGUUUAUGAAAUUUAAUCUGUUCUUAAAAACAAUUCUAUUUAAUCAUUCAAAUGUCCAUUUUUUAGUACAGUUAAAACUGUACAUAAUGACAGUUAUGGGACCAUAAAAAUGUCUGUUAUAAACAAGUGUCUGUAAUAGACAAGUAUGGGAGAUAGUGUUGCAAAGAAAAAAUUAAAACGAACAGAGAAAAAUGUACAACACUGAAUAAGUGAAGUGAUACUGAAUAAACACUGAAUAGUCUACGUUUUUUUUACUUGUUUUUGGUUAUUUUCAUCCUCGCAAUUAACUUUAUCUUUAGUAUUAUUCAUGUAUGAUAGUCUGUAUUCGAAAUAGACCAGCGACACUGUUGCAUGGUAUAUAUGUAUACAGAACACUUUUGCAAUAUAUAUUUGAUUUUGAACUAAGAUAGUUGUCUGUAAUGAGAUAUUAGCAAAAAAUAUUACUGUCUGUAAUAGAAAGAGUGUUACAAACAGGUCGAAAUACAUUGGAAUACCUACAUUUUUGGUCAGACCCUAUUAUUUUUGCUGUUAAGAGAAGUGUUUUGUUAAGACAGGUUUCAUUGUAUUCUUAUUAAUGAGAUACUUAGAUACAAAUAAAUAUUGUUAUUUGGAUAUUUCUAAUAUGUAAAAUAAUAUUACAUUAUUUUACAUAUACCUACAAUAAUACAAACAUGUAAUAGGUAUGUAAGUUGCUAUAUUUUAAAUAUUAAAUUUAAAUUUUAAAAUUUUUUACAGCUCAAAGAAUAAUUAUUUUUUUAGACCAAAAUUAUCUGUAUAAUACUUAUUAUACUUGUUCUAUUGUAUUUUUCUUUAGAUACAAACUAAGAAUUUAUACAGAAUUAAACUAUUAUGUGGCAAAA